AUGGUUUUUUGUGAAAGGAGUGGCUUUCUGGCUGAUCAAGCUGCAUGCUACAUUCAGGCAAUACAGUGGAUUUUGCACUAUUACUACCAUGGAGUUCAGUCCUGGAGCUGGUAUUAUCCCUACCAUUAUGCACCUUUCCUAUCUGAUAUACACAACAUCAGUACACUCAAAAUUCAUUUUGAACUAGGAAAACCUUUUAAACCAUUUGAACAACUUCUUGCUGUACUUCCAGCAGCUAGCAAAAAUUUACUUCCUACAUGCUACCAGCAUUUGAUGACCAGUGAAAAUUCACCAAUUCUGGAAUAUUACCCAACUGAUUUUAAAACUGACCUAAACGGGAAACAACAAGAAUGGGAAGCUGUGGUACUAAUACCUUUUAUUGAUGAGGCAACAGGUGGCUUUCUGGCUGAUCAAGCUGCAUGCUACAUUCAGGCAAUACAGUGGAUUUUGCACUAUUACUACCAUGGAGUUCAGUCCUGGAGCUGGUAUUAUCCCUACCAUUAUGCACCUUUCCUAUCUGAUAUACACAACAUCAGUACACUCAAAAUUCAUUUUGAACUAGGAAAACCUUUUAAACCAUUUGAACAACUUCUUGCUGUACUUCCAGCAGCUAGCAAAAAUUUACUUCCUACAUGCUACCAGCAUUUGAUGACCAGUGAAAAUUCACCAAUUCUGGAAUAUUACCCAACUGAUUUUAAAACUGACCUAAACGGGAAACAACAAGAAUGGGAAGCUGUGGUACUAAUACCUUUUAUUGAUGAGAAGCGAUUAUUGGAAGCUAUGGAGACAUGUAAUGACUCCCUCAAAAAUGAAGAGAGGAAAAGAAACCAACACAGUGAGUGCCUAAUGUGCUGGUAUGAUAGAGACAUACAGUUCACCUACCCCUCUCCAUGGCCAGAAAAGUUUCCUGCCAUAGAACGAUGUUGCACAAGGUAUAAAAUAAUAUCACUAGAUGCUUGGCGUGUAGACAUAAGCAAGAACAAAAUAACCAGGGUUGAUCAGAAGGCAUUAUAUUUCUGUGGAUUUCCUACAUUGAAACACAUCAAACACAAAUUUUUUUUGAAGAAAAAUGGGGUUCAAGUAUUCCAGCAAAGUAGUCGUGGAGAAAACAUGAUGUUGGAAAUCUUAGUGAAUGCAGAAACAGAUGAGCUUAGUAUAGAAAAUGUAGCUUCAUCAGUGCUUGGAAAAUCUGUUUUUGUUAAUUGGCCUCAUCUUGAAGAAGCUAGAGUUGUUGGUAUAUCAGACGGAGAAACUAAGUUUUACCUGGAAGAACCUCCAGGAACACAGAAACUUUAUUUGGGAAGAACUGCCCCACCAUGUAAAGUGGUCUGUCUUGGAGACAAAGAACAAUCUAACUGGACAAAAGAAGUACAAGGAAUUUCAGAAUACUACCUGAGAAGAAAAGGAAUAGUAAUAAAUGAAACAUCUGCAGUUAUAUAUGCUCAAUUACUCACAGGUCGUAAAUAUCAAAUAAAUCAAAAUGGUGAAGUUCGUCUAGAGAAACAAUGGUCAAAACAAGUUCUUCCUUUUGUUUAUCAAACUAUUGUCAAGGACAUCCAAGCUUUUCACUCCUGUUUCUCCAGUAUCAAAACAUUGGAUGAUUUGUUUCCUCCUAGAAGUAUGGUCUUUAUGCUGGGAACCCCCUAUUAUGGCUGCACUGGAGAAGUUCAGAAUUCAGAGGAUGUGAUUACAGAAGGUAGGAUUCGUGUCAUUUUCAGCAUUCCAUGUGAACCCAAUCUUGAUGCUUUAAUACAGAACCAGCAUAAAUAUUCUGUGAAGUACAAUCCAGGAUAUGUGUUGGCCAGUCGCCUUGGAGUGAGUGGAUACCUUGUUUCAAGGUUUACAGGAAGUAUUUUUAUUGGAAGAGGAUCUAGGAGAAACCCUCAUGGAGACCAUAAAGCAAAUGUGGGUUUGAACCUCAAAUUCAACAAAAAAAAUGAGGAGGUACCUGGAUAUACUAAGAAAGUUGGAAGUGAGUGGAUGUAUUCAUCUGCAGCAGAACAACUUCUUGCAGAAUACUUAGAGAGAGCUCCAGAACUAUUUAGUUAUAUAGCCAAAAAUAGCCAAGAGGAUGUGUUCUAUGAAGAUGACAUUUGGCCUGAAGAAAAUGAGAACGGUGCUGAGAAAGUUCAAGAAAUUAUUACUUGGCUAAAGGGGCAUCCUGUCAGUACUUUGUCUCGUUCUUCUUGUGAUUUACAAAUUCUGGAUACCGCUAUUGUUGAGAAAAUUGAGGAAGAAGUUGAAAAGUGCAAGGUACUAAUUUUCAAUACCAAGACUAUUGAUGAGGUUUAAUGUUAA